AUGGCUGGCAGGGCGCCUCCCGGAGGCACCUCCAGCUCUAGGAAUGAUCUUUUACUAGACUUCGACGACCAAUCUCCUCACGAUGGAUCGACUCCAAAUAUACACGAUGACCACUCAGCUAGGCCCUCCGUAUCCUACGACGACUUUGUCGGCGGUAGUCAAACCACCCAUCCCUCCGUGAAAAAUCCACCCCCUGGCGCCGGCGCUAUGGCUCCUCGACCGCCGUACCUAGUGGAUUCCGACAGGCAAUACAGCCAAACAUCUGGUCUAAAUAACUACCAGAGAUACGCAGACGACUCCGACGACUAUCCCGAAGAUGGCCAAUCAUAUUAUCAACAUGGAGGGUCGAUGAAUGCAGCCGGCGACUCGAUGGGCCGUGCUAAUGCGCGCAAUCGCAAUAGUGUACUUGGACUAGGAGGUGGAUUCUUGGGCAGGGCUAGAAAGAUGCUCGGGAUGGGGCAGAAAGGAUAUUCAGAGAUGGACCUCCCUCUUACCGAGCCAGGGCACGGCCCGCCAGAUUCGGGUCACGAACAGCCGAAACCUAAGAAAUUUGACUUUAAGUUUGGAUUUGGUGGAAAUAAACCAGACCCUUCAACUCUCGGACCCCGAAUUAUUCAUUUGAAUAACCCACCAGCGAAUGCCGCGAACAAAUACGUUGACAAUCACGUUUCGACCGCCAAGUAUAACGUCGCAACAUUCCUACCAAAAUUCUUAAUCGAGCAGUUUUCUAAAUUCGCCAAUGUCUUCUUCUUGUUCACGGCCGCUCUACAACAGAUUCCGGGUCUGUCGCCGACGAAUCGUUAUACUACUAUCGGACCUCUCGUGGUUGUGUUGCUGGUAUCCGCAGGCAAGGAGUUAGUUGAGGAUUACAGAAGAAAACAGGCUGAUAGUGCGCUGAACAACUCAAAGGCUAGGAUCUUGAGAGGGUCGGCUUUUGAAGAGGCGAAAUGGAUCAACGUCGCUGUGGGAGAUAUAGUACGGGUAGAAUCAGAGGAAUCUUUCCCAGCCGAUAUCGUCUUGCUUGCAAGUUCCGAGCCGGAGGGCUUGUGCUAUAUCGAGACUGCGAAUCUUGACGGCGAAACUAAUCUGAAGAUCAAGCAGGCGCUUCCCGAAACUUCAACGAUAGUUAGCCCGGCAGAAUUAAGUAGGCUAGGGGGUAGAGUUCGUUCCGAACAACCGAAUAGUAGCCUAUACACCUACGAAGCUACGUUGACCAUGCAGGCCGGUGGUGGGGAAAAGGAGUUACCCCUGAAUCCGGAACAGCUUUUACUACGAGGCGCGACUCUUAGGAACACCCCCUGGAUUCACGGGAUAGUGGUCUUCACGGGUCACGAGACAAAGCUUAUGCGUAACGCCACUGCUGCUCCGAUCAAGAGGACCAAGGUCGAACGACAACUCAACACGCUAGUUCUUGCGCUGGUCGGUAUGCUUCUUGUUCUCAGUAUUGUGUGUACUGUGGGAGAGCUAGUUUUCCGGUCUGUCCGAGCAGAUUCUAUUUCUUAUCUAGAGUUGGACGCCCUUACCCAAGCUGGAGAUAUAGUACAGGCCAUAUUCAAAGACCUCGUUACAUAUUGGGUGUUGUUCUCUUCGCUGGUCCCGAUCUCGCUGUUCGUGACUAUUGAGAUGGUCAAGUAUUGGCAUGGAAUUCUGAUUAACGACGAUCUUGAUAUUUACUAUGACAAGACAGAUACGCCUGCUAACUGCCGAACAUCCUCCUUAGUUGAGGAACUUGGCAUGGUCGGCUUCGUCUUUUCAGACAAGACGGGAACCCUGACUUGUAACAUGAUGGAGUUUAAGCAGUGCACAAUCAGCGGGAUACAGUAUGCGGAUGAGGUGCCGGAAGAUCGAAGGGCCACAGUUCAAGAUGGGGUAGAAGUUGGUAUUCACGAUUUUAAGCGAUUGCGCGAGAACACAAAAUCACAUCCGACUGCUGAGGCGAUUCAUCACUUCUUAGCCCUUCUCUCGACAUGCCACACCGUUAUUCCGGAACGGGAUGAAUCGAAGGGUGGUAAAAUCAAGUAUCAGGCUGCCUCACCCGACGAAGGUGCGCUAGUCCAAGGUGCUUUAACUUUGGGCUAUACUUUUGUUGCUCGCAAACCAAGGUCGGCCAUUAUCGAAGUCGAAGGCAAAGAGUACGAAUACGAGCUUUUGGCUGUCUGUGAAUUCAACUCUACAAGAAAGCGGAUGUCUACCAUAUACAGAUGCCCAGACGGGAAAAUCCGGGUAUAUUGUAAAGGCGCUGAUACGGUCAUCCUAGAACGUCUGAACGAAGACAACCCCCACGUUGAGCAAACUCUAGUUCAUCUUGAGGAAUACGCCUCCGAAGGUCUUCGGACUCUUUGCUUGGCAAUGCGUGAGGUCCCCGAAGAAGAAUUCCAGGAAUGGUACAGCAUCUUUGAUAAGGCUCAGACCACCGUUGGCGGUAACCGAUCUGAGGAAUUAGACAAGGCAGCUGAGUUGAUCGAGCACGGCUUCUACUUACUGGGUGCAACUGCUAUCGAGGAUCGUCUUCAGGACGGUGUACCAGAGACGAUUCAUACACUACAACAGGCGAAUAUCAAGGUUUGGGUCUUGACUGGAGAUCGGCAGGAGACGGCUAUCAACAUCGGCAUGAGUUCUAAGCUGCUAAGCGAAGAUAUGAUGCUCUUAAUUGUUAACGAAGAAGACGUUGUAUCAACUCGUGACAAUAUCCAAAAGAAGCUGGACGCCAUCCGGAACAAUACGGACGGGUCGGUGGAAACGGAUGCUUUAGCUCUUGUUAUUGAUGGCAAGUCCCUUACUUUCGCCCUGGAGAAAGACAUGGAGAGGAUGUUCUACGACUUGGCUGUGAUGUGCAAGGCAAAGGCUUUAGUUGUCAAGAUGGUGAAGAAAUUUUCCCCGGAGAUUCUCCUCGCCAUUGGCGACGGAGCCAACGACGUAUCUAUGAUCCAGGCCGCUCAUAUUGGAGUUGGUAUUUCGGGUGUCGAGGGUCUUCAGGCUGCGAGAUCAGCCGAUAUUUCAAUCGCCCAAUUCCGAUUCUUGCGCAAGCUUACACUCGUUCACGGCGCUUGGAGUUAUCAACGCAUCAGCAAAACCAUUCUAUUCUCGUUCUACAAGAACAUCACCCUAUAUAUGACACAAUUCUGGUAUACAUUCCAAAACGUUUUCUCAGGGGCUAUUAUCUAUGAGUCCUGGACAUUAUCCUUCUACAACGUCUUCUACACUGUUCUGCCUCCCCUUGUCAUGGGUAUCCUGGAUCAAUACAUUUCUGCCCGACUCCUUGAUCGUUACCCACAACUAUAUACCAUUGGACAGCAGAAUCAGUUCUUCAAAAUAGGCACCUUCUUCGCCUGGAUCGCAAAUGCCGUAUACCACUCUAUCGUCCUAUACAUAUUCUCUGAACUUAUUUGGUACGGCGAUCUGAUUCUAGGCGAUGGGACCGUGGCGGGUCACUGGGUCUGGGGUACGGCUUUGUAUGCGGCUACGCUGGCAACUGUUCUCGGAAAAGCGGCGCUGGUAACGAGUAACUGGACGAAGUAUCACGUCAUGGCCAUCCCUGGUAGUAUGGUUAUUUGGUACGCGUUUGUUGUUGCCUACGGAAUUGUAGCUCCGAAGAUCGGAAUCUCAAAGGAGUACGACGGCUUAGUGCCAAAACUCUUCGCCAACCCUGUUUUCUGGCUUCAAACGAUAGCGCUGCCCCUUCUGUGCCUUCUCCGAGAUAUCGCCUGGAAGUAUGCAAAGAGGAUGUAUUACCCGCAGACGUACCACCACAUACAGGAGAUCCAGAAGUACAAUAUCCAGGAUUACCGUCCAAGGAUGGAACAAUUCCAGAAGGCGAUCAGGAAAGUCCGACAGGUGCAGCGGAUGAGAAAACAGCGCGGCUACGCUUUCUCGCAAGCCGAUGAAAGCCAGACCCGCGUGAUCAAUGCUUACGAUACAACGAGACACAGGGGAAGGUACGGCGAGAUGCCGGCAUCGACGCCUGGCAGGUAG